ACGUGCGGCGCGGGUCUCACCGUGUGGCCCUCCUUUUCGCUUCCAGGACUGGACAUGGCAGACCACAUGAUGGCCAUGAACCACGGGCGCUUCCCCGACGGCACCAACGGGCUGCACCACCACCCUGCCCACCGCAUGGGCAUGGGGCAGUUCCCGAGCGCCCACCACCACCAGCAGCAGCAGCCCCAGCACGCCUUCAACGCCCUGAUGGGCGAGCACAUACACUACGGCGCGGGCAACCUGAACGCCACGAGCGGCAUCAGGCACGCGAUGGGGCCCGGGACCGUGAACGGAGGGCACCCCCCGAGCGCGCUGGCCCCCGCGGCCAGGUUUAGCAACUCCCAGUUCCUGGGCCCCCCGGUGGCCAGCCAGGGGGGCUCCCUGCCGGCCAGCAUGCAGCUGCAGAAGCUCAACAACCAGUAUUUCAACCACCACCCCUACCCCCACAACCACUACAUGCCGGAUUUGCACCCCGCCGCGGGCCACCAGAUGAACGGGACGGGCCAGCACUUCCGAGAUUGCAACCCCAAUGUCAUAGACACUGAUUUCAUCGACGAGGAAGUGCUCAUGUCACUGGUGAUAGAAAUGGGCUUGGACCGCAUCAAGGAGCUGCCCGAACUCUGGCUGGGGCAGAACGAGUUUGAUUUCAUGACGGACUUCGUGUGCAAACAGCAGCCCAGCCGAGUAAGCUGUUGACUCGGCCGCACCCCCCGGCGCGAGAAAUCAGACCCCGCCCCCGGCCCCUUCGGUGUGAAUUAAAAAAACAAAAACAAAAAGACAUUCCCGUAGACACACGGUAUCUCGCUUUUCAGAUCUUGAAAGGUUUGAGAACUUGGAGACAAAGUAAACUAUAAACUUGUACAAAUUGGUUUAAAAAAAAAAAAAUUGCUGCCACUUUUUUUUCUGUUUUUGUUUCGUUUUUGUAGCCUUGACAUUCACCUUCCUUAUGUAGUUGAGAUAUCUAGCUCACUUGGUCUUUUUCGUUGUUUGUUUUUACCCCUUUCCCUCACUUUCUCCAGUGCUCAACUGUUAGAUAUUAAUCUUGGCAAACUGCUUAAUCUUGUGGAUUUCGUAGGUGGUUUCAAAUGACUGAACUGCAUUCAGAUUUACGAGUGAAAGGAAAAAUUGCAUUAGUUGGUUGCAUGAACUUUGAAGGGCAGAUAUUACUGCACAAACUCUGCCAUCUCGCUUCAUUUUUUUAACUAUGCAUUUGAGUACAGACUAAUUCUUAAAAUAUGCUAAACUGGAAGAUUAAACAGAUGUGGGCCAAACCGUUCUGGAUCAGGAAAAGUCAUACUGUUCACUUUCAAGUUGGCUGUCCCCCUGCCCCCCAUAUGUACAGACAAUAAUAGGGUGUGGAAUGUCGUCAGUGGCAAACAUUUCACAGAUUUUUAUUUUGUUUCUGUCUUCAACAUUUUUGACACUGUGCUAAUAGUUAUAUUCAGUACAUGAAAAGAUACUACUGUGUUGAAAGCUUUUUAGGAAAUUUUGACAGUAUUUUUGUACAAAACAUUUUUUUGAGAAAAUACUUGUUAAUUUAUUCUAUUUUAAUUUGCCAAUGUCAAUAAAAAGUUAAGAAAUA